AUGCUCACAUGGAUUUUCUUGGGCACGAAAUACUCGGUUCGUCAGUUUGUGGGUUCGGCUGUUUGUGUGGCCGGCCUCGGCCUAGUCCUCCUUUCUGAUGCCGGAGUGGUCGUUGGAGGUGGUUCGAAUCCUGUUUUGGGUGAUUGUCUUGUAAUCGCAGGCUCCUUCUUUUACGCGAUAAGCAAUGUUGGCGAGGUAAAAGAUCAAUUUGAGGCAGUGGCUAUGAUUGCCAUGUUCGGCAUGCUCGUUAGUGCAACCGAGAUUACUGUCCUCGAGAGGAAGGCAUUCGAGUCGGUCAAAUGGCCUGAUGGACUUAAAAGUAUCGACUCUAAUGUGGUUAGUUUAUUAACCUUCUGA